AAAAUGCAUGCAAUUUAAAGUGAUGUCGAGCCAUUCCUUCAACUUGGACCAGACCAGUUCAACCCCAUUUCAUGUUCACAAUCAAACCAACGGGGCCCGAAUAAUACCCAUUUUCUUUCCAUUUCAUUUUCCUCCCUUGGCUCCCUGCAUCUCCAUCCUCGGAAACACGGUGUAUAAUCACUCUUUUCCCGCCAAUUUGCAGCAGGUGAAUGAAACUUCCAUUCCAUGAUCAUUUCACGAGCUAAACCAAUCAACCAGACACAUUCAACCACCAUAUCUCACCAUAUUUCCCAUACUAAUCACAUACCUUCGCAACCUUAUCACACGUUUCGACCCAAUAGACCCACCAAAAAACCUCGCCAUGAAGAACCUCACAGACCCACCUCAAAGGUUCUUCGCAGACCCAUACCUUUCAUCAACGACAUCAAAGAAGUCGACGAUCCAGAUGAAGCCGUCGCUCUCUUCCAUCAAUACCAUCAAACAGGCUUCAAACACGACUACCCGUCAUACUCUGCACUCAUCUACAAGCUCGCUCGUCGUCGCGAAUUCGAAGCUGUUCAAACCCUCCUUCGUUGCAUUCAAAACUAUAACAUUCGUUGCAAAGAUACCCUUUUUAUUGCAUUGAUUCAACAUUAUGGGAAGUCCCAAUUGCCCGAAAAGGCUGUCCAACUCUUUCAUCAGAUGACUUCUUUCAAUUGUGUCCGGACAUUGCAGUCUUUCAAUGCCCUUCUCAAUGUUCUUGUUGACAGUGAUCGGUUUCAUGAUGCCAAUGAGAUGUUUAAGCGUUCGUCAAAAUUGGGUUUUCGCCCAAAUUCUGUUUCAUUUAAUAUUAUAAUCAAUGGGUGGCUUAAGAGGGGUGAGUGGGAACAAGCUUGCCAAGUGUUUGAAGAAAUGCUUGAGAAAGAGGUAGAUGCAACUGUUGUAACUUAUAAUGGUUUGAUUGGGUUUUUGUGCGAAAAGGGUGACGUGGAUAAGGCCAAGAGUUUGGUUGAGGACAUGACUGUGAAAGGGAAACGCCCAAAUGCUGUCACAUAUGCAUUGUUGAUGAAAGGUUUGUGCUCUCAAGGUAAACAUAAGGAAGCGAAAAAGAUGAUGUUUGAUAUGGAGUAUCAAGGGUGUAAAUCACGCCUUGUGAAUUAUGGUGUUUUGAUGACUGACCUAGGAAAGAGGGGAAAGAUUGAGGAAGCUAAAGCUGUGCUUCUUGAGAUGAGGAAAAGGGGGUUGAAGCCGGAUGUUGUUACAUACAAUAUAUUGAUUAAUUAUUUGUGCAAGGAAGGUAGAGUUGCUGAGGCUUAUAAAGAUUUAGUGGAAAUGCAGGUUCAAGGUUGUAAGCCGAAUGCAGCCACAUACCGGAUGAUGGUUGAUGGAUUUUGUCAAACUGGGGAAUUUGAGGAAGGUUUGAAGGUUUUAAAUGCAAUGCUGAUGAGUAAGCACUAUCCUCGUUUGGAAACUUUUUGUUGUUUGAUUGUGGGUCUAGUGAAGUGUGGGAAGAUGGAUGAUGCUUGCUUUGUUUUGGAGGAGAUGCAGAAGAGGAAGAUGAAAUUUGAUCUCGAGUCUUGGGAAGCUUUGGUUAGGGAUGUUUGUGGUGGGGAUGAGGGUGCAAGUGGACUUGUAGCUCAACUGGUCUCUGCUCAUUAAUUGGCUUCAAUGGAUUCUAAAUUGACAAUCCAUGGCAACAAGCAUUCUAAUGUCAAACAAAGCUAUCAUGAGUGAUUGCAUUCUGACUGGUUGGCAACCCCUAGUCUUACUUUUAUGACAUGGGAUUCUAGAGCUCAGAGAUCCUUCAUUAGGGUUUUCCUACUUCAUGUUAAUGUUUAAUGGUGCCUGUGUUCUCUUGUAAAGCUUUCUAGAGCUGGAAUUUAGCCAUCCAUUUGAGCUGUGAAGGAUGAAAGGAGCCAAAAAUGGUCCGAGAUUGCAGACCUUUGUUGCCUUUUUAAUUUAUUCUCAAUUUCGUGCCUGCUCUUGAAUCAGCACACUUGUUAGACAUUUAAACUUCCUGUGAAGUCAAAGCGACCCAAAUCAAUUCUUCGAAUUGUGGACUUCAAUAGCUAUGUAGUCAUGGUCCAAGUUUCAGAGAAAUAAUUACAAAUGGAAUAUCUAAUAUGCAAGUGGAUAUGUUGCUCGAUUUCUUGUUUGGGAUUAUCCGUAAUAUUACCCACUCGUCGAUCAAGAUGUGCAAACAUAAUCAUGAAUUACAGACUUGUCACUACUUUCAGCUUUCGCCAAAUUUGCAUUGAGCAUUCCUGGAAGCUCAGAACUGUGACUCUGAAAAAGAAAAGAGAAGCGUGUCCAGGUGACCCUUUAUAUGUAACUAGUUUUGUUAUGAUUGUUUUAAUGCACGGAGUUGAAGAUGAACUGUUGCAAAAUCUUUUGAUAGUGUUUCUGAUGGUUGAUCUGUUUGUUUACUUUGCUGUUUAUGUGGCAAACUGAAGCUUGAAGCAGUUGCCUUUAACUUUGCUAGAUUUCCAUAGUUAAGGCUCUUCCAUCCCUCUCUCUACAUUUUGCAUUGUACUUUGAAUGUGAUGCAAUACCAUACACCUAGAAAGCUGGU